CCUGGCCCCUUAUUUCCUCUGGAUUGUCCUGCUUUUUUCCCUCUCCAUAGACUGCUCCAGCCCCCUGUGGGUUGAGGGAGACGGGCACCCUGUCAAUGAAUCUGACUUUGCCUUUACACUCGGAUGCAGGAGCCAUUCCCAGUAAAAAGUUCCAGUUGUUAGGCUUGGAAAAGAGACAUCUUUUUCCAUCACUCCAUGCGGAUAAGGAUGUGAUAUUUUGGGGUAGCAGAUGGCAUCUCUCUGACCCAUCAUCCUCAUACUGGGGCACAGAGCGUUGCGCAGAUCAGGGCGAGGAGUCCCCCAUCAUAUCAACAUGCCGGAAGGAGUCCUGAAAGGAAGCAGAAAGCGACCAGGUGAACAAGCUGCCCCCAGGCCUUCAUCUGUCAGUUCUCUGAGUGGAAUCGUAGCCGGGAUGUCUGGCAGCUGUACCUCCGUUAAUACUGUUUGUUCGGACAGCGACCGUCCAGUCAGUCUCAGCUCCUCCACCUCCUCAGCCUCGCUGCAGGACAGUCACAGCUCCUUUGGUAGCAGUGGGACCCUUGGAUCCUCCCAGUACUGCAACCCUUCCUAUCCCCAGCAAAAUGGCAGUGACAUUAGCCUUGACCUUAUGCCUGUGGCCCAGCUGGAGAGGGAACACAAGGGGCUUUCCGGUGAUAGAGCGUUUCUUGGCUGCACAUGGUCUCCCGUUUUGCGCAAAGCCAGGGAUCCAAAGACCAAGCUUUCCCACGUGGACAGAGUCGUUCUAGAAAUCCUGGAGACUGAGCAGGCCUACGUCCGGGAUCUGAAGAGCAUUGUAGAGGACUAUUUAGGCUGCAUCAUAGACUGUGGUCAGCUCCCCCUGAAACCCGAGCAAGUCAGCACUUUAUUCUGCAACAUAGAAGAUAUUUAUGAGUUUAACAGUGAGCUGCUUGAGGAGCUGGAGAACUGCACCUCUGCCCACAUGAUUGCCGAGUGCUUUGUCAUGAGGAGUGAAGAGUUUGACAUCUAUACCCUGUACUGUAUGAACUAUCCCAGCUCGGUGUCUGUGCUCCGUGAAUGUAUGAAGAAUGAGGAGCUAGUACAGUUCUUCAGGGAGCGUCAGGCAGUGCUGUCACAUUCCCUGCCACUGGAGACCUACCUCCUGAAACCCGUACAGCGUAUUAUGAAGUACCACCUCCUCCUGCAGGAGCUGGCUAAGCACUUUGAUAAGAAUGUUCCUGGUUAUGAAGUGGUGGAGGAAGCCAUUAUCACUAUGACCGCAGUGGCCUGGUACAUUAAUGACAUGAAAAGAAAGCAGGAACACGCCGUGAGGCUUCAGGAAAUCCAGAGCAAGCUGCUGAAUUGGCAGGGGCCUGACUUGAGUGGGUUUGGGGAACUCAUCUUGGAAGGAACAUUCCGUUUGCAACGUGUGAAGAAGGAAAGAGCCUUCUUCUUGUUUAGCAAAAUGCUGCUCAUCACCAAGAAGAGGAUGGAUCUCUUCAUAUACAAAAUGCAUAUCUUUUGCUGUAAUCUGGCCCUGGCAGAGCAUCUAAAGAACAGUUUAAGUUUCCGAGUAUCAGACAUGACCAUCCCCAAGCACCAGCAAAUCAUCCAGGCCAGGAAUCAGGAGGAGAAACGCCUUUGGAUCUAUUACAUAAAGCGACUUAUAGUUGAAAACCACCCCGCGUCCAUUCCUCAGAAGGCUAAGCAAGUUCUACUUGAAAACACAUUCCAAAAUUCUAUGGAUGUGCCGGUUACUUCAGACAGCCCUAAAUCGCCCUGGAUGGAGGAUUUGUGGACGUUUCCCCGCAACCGGAGACAAUCUGAGCCCCCUCAGUACAUGUGCAGCCCUGGAAAGACCAGGAAAUCAUUCACUCUCCAGAGUCUAGGCAGCGGCCCCCUGCCUCGGCGAGGGCGCAGACUGUCUGAACCCGUGAAGGAAAUCCAAGCAGCAUUCGAGCACAGUGUUUACACCAUUCUGAUUAUAUGA